UAAUUUUUCGCUUCUUAUUAGACAAGAGAUAUCUCAGAUAUUAUCGAUACCUAAAAGUCAUUAAAAAAAUCUUUAUAAAACAAAAUUUUACGAUCUUCGGUUAUAUUCGUCGAAUAAAAACUUCUACGUGAAUUUGAUAAUUUUAAAAAAUUACUGGUAAUAUUAUCCUUUUAUUAGACAUGGAUUUCUUCGCUAAUCCCUUCCAAGGUUUACUGAUGACCGCUACAAAGUCAGGUGGUCCUUUUGAAGUAGUUGAUGAUUACGAUUAUAAUUUGGAACCAAAUGGUAAUUUUGCUGGCUCAUAUGAAGGUUUUAAACAACGUGACUACGUGCAACUUCCGGAUGAAUUGGUAGACGCACGAAGUGUUGCUAAUAAAAAAUUUGUGUUUAAAAGCAAUCAAAGUGUUCGUGAAAGAUCAAUCCAAGAAGUAGAACAACAACAACUAAAACAAAAACUACGGGCGGCUUUAGAUGAUAUCAAUGUAAAUGCCAUCGAUGAUCGGCAGUCAGUUUCUUCGAUGGAUACUCUUCAAACAUACCAACAAAAUGAUGAUGGUGAUGAAAUUGUAGAAACACCAGAAGAUCAGUCCUAUUCGCCGUCUCUAGUGUCGGCUUCUUUUGAUGACGCCGAACAUGAUGGAUCCAAUGAUGUAUUUAAAAAGCCGUUUAGUAAUUCAAAAAGAAGCAAAAGAAGCAAUAAAACCUCUGCAGCUGAUAAAAGCGAUACGUAUUCUCAAAUGUCUGAUGAUAAAACAAUAUAUUCAAAUGAAGGAUCAGACAUUCGUGACAAUGAAUCAGUUACCUCAGUUGCUGACACUGAAAAUUACAUGAAAUAUUUGGGCCGUACAUAAUAAAAUAAUAGAGAGG